GUCCCCCCGCCCCCUGUUCUCAACCGGAAGUAAUUCUUUUCCUGGAUUCAGAUUUUCUCUAGCACAGAAUGAAAAUUCCCUCUUUAUCAAUAUUAUUUGCCACAUUUUGGUCGGCGGGUAGCAUUAAUGUUGAGGAGAGUGCGGGACGCUUCUUCAGCAGCGGUCAUACCAACAACUGGGCCGUGCUGGUGUGCACGUCCAGGUUCUGGUUCAACUACCGUCAUGUGGCCAACACGCUGUCGGUAUACAGAAGUGUCAAGCGUCUGGGCAUCCCUGAUAGCCACAUAGUUCUGAUGCUGGCCGACGACAUGGCUUGUAACCACAGAAACCCGAAGCCCGCCACAGUGUUUAGCCACAAGAACAUGGAGCUGAAUGUGUACGGUGAUGAUGUGGAGGUGGACUACCGAGGCUAUGAGGUGACAGUGGAGAAUUUCCUGCGAGUUCUGACUGGAAGACUUCCGCCCAGCACACCUCGCUCCAAGCGUCUUCUGUCUGAUGACCGAAGCAACAUCCUCAUUUACCUGACAGGCCAUGGCGGCAAUGGCUUCCUGAAGUUCCAAGACUCUGAGGAGAUCAGCAAUGUGGAACUGGCUGACGCUUUUGAACAAAUGUGGCAGAAAAGGAGGUAUAAUGAGCUGCUGUUCAUCAUCGACACCUGUCAGGGAGCCUCCAUGUACGAGAGGUUCUACUCACCGAACCUCAUGGCUUUGGCCAGCAGUCAAGUCGGAGAGGACUCUUUGUCGCAUCAACCGGAUCUGGGCAUUGGAGUCCAUCUGAUGGACCGUUACACCUUCUACAUGCUGGAGUUCCUGGAAGAUAUCCACCCUGCCAGCAAAACCAACAUGAAUGAUCUGUUCAAAGUAUGCCCCAAGAGCCAGUGUGUGUCCACUCCGGGCCACCGUACCGACCUGUUCCUGAGAGACCCAGGGAGUGUCCUCAUCACCGACUUCUUUGGUAGCGUCCGCAAGGUGGAGAUCACCAUGGUAACCAUCAACCUGACGGAGCCCAUAAAGCUGAUGGAAGAAGAUUUCCAUGGUGGAGAGCUGGAAAUGGAGACUCUGUCGUAUGUGGAUCAACUAGCAGUGUCAGAGAUCAUCCAUCAGAUCGAUGUUUUUCUGUCGUCUCCAUGGCGACGCCUCAGCAUGUGAAAACCAGUGGCUCCCGUUCUCGGCGUGGAAGAACAGCUGAGAAAUCUGACCAAAUAGAUGUACGUGUGAUUGCGGCAGGAGAAUAUGCGCUUGCCUUGUUUCCCAAUUAAUUAGUGCUCCUGGUCGGGGUAGCCCUCUGACCUCUGACCUGUACCCUUAGAAUUUAGUGAUGAGUUGAUGACAUACAGUAUUGCCUACAGUCCACUUUCCAUAGAGAAUACUUCCCCCUCAGUAUUAUUCCCAUGUGGUAUAUAUUAGAAUGUAAACCCUCUGGUCAAAGAUCCUCUAUAUGAUGAGUGUUCUCAUACUUGAAAAAGGGCACUCAAAGAUCCUCUACAUGAAAGCAGCCUUGAGUUUUUGUCUGUGUGUGAGAAUGCAGUGACAGUGCACUCAAAAUGGUGAGUGCUGGACCCGUACCACCAUCAAUGGUCACCAUCUUGGAUGCGUAGCAGAAGAAGCGGUCCAGCCGUCCCUCGCCACGUCACUCUGUCGUGGUUUAUUUAAUGAAUGAUCAAUGUUUCAUGGUUAACGUUUUAAUAGUCCAAAAAUAUUGAAAGACAAUCUUACAAAUUCUGAUGCAAAUCAGACGAGUGAAGUUACUGAUGAUUCUUCUCAUUUACAGUAAAUCUUUAUCGCUAACCAUUUUCCUAGCUAAAACCUUUUGAAAUAGUAUUGUCAAAACUGAAAAAAACUCUGGUCCUAAAGGCUUAAGUUGAGAAUAAAUACAUUGGAGGAUGCCACUUAGUACCACAUGCCUACAAUAUUAGGCAAUAGGAGGGUAACAUUGACUAUAGGGGUGUUACUUUCUGUUCACAGGGCUCUAAUAGUGGUAACAUCUGUAUUUACAAAGUCAUAAAUGGGUUUUCUAUGCUGUAACUAGGAAAAUAUUCAAUCGAUUAAGAUUGAAUGACUUUUUAAAGCGAAGUGGAGAACCAAUGAGCUGCCAUAAACAGGGAACAGCUGUACUACCAGACAAAAGAAGAAGAAGCAGCAAUUAUCAUUACCAGUCGCUGUGUAAUGAUUGUAAUCUAUAUCUGCAAACAAAGUACACAGUGUACACAGAAUGCCUUGUUGAAGUGUACUGAACACACCAUGAUUUACUUUUGGUUGUGUGUGGGGCUGUCAGACUCCAGAUGGUGUUUGAGCGUUUCCACCGCGCUUGAAAGGGGCGUUGUGCACGCUGAUAUGACAGCGAUAUUGUAUCUCCUCUCCGGGAACAGAAGAGAGAGGCUGCAUCUGCGCUUCAGAAGGCAGCGGAAAGUAGCUGACACAAGAAGAAACCUUGGUGACAAACAUUCACACUGCGUCUGUGUGAUCACUUGGUGUCGGACGAUUUCACUCACGGAUUAUCAGGAUCGAUAUAGGUGGCAUAAAACCCUGAUGGGAACGUCCCUAGUUCCAUCCGAUUCAAUGGAAUGGUGGGAGGGAAUGUCUCCCCGGGGAAAGGAGUCUCUUCCCAUCAGUCCGCCUUUAUCUCCAUCUGUAGAGUCAAUGUUUGCUGCUUAGCGUUAGUGUUCCUCGGCCUGCCAAGCAGACCAGUCCAGGACCGACACCGUCUUCUACCCUGGGCUCUUGUCUGCCUUCAUCCCUGCCAAGUCUCAAGCUUUGGCUCUUUUGCCGCCUUCCCAGGGAAUAAUGGUGACUUGUACAGCCAGGAAUGACAGCUGCGGCGUAUGUCCCCAACUGAAGUGUUUUUUUCCUCAUGGUUGGAUGAGAUGGUUAAAUCUCAUCUGGGUGCGGAAUCCUCACGGCACAUUAGCAUAUAAAUGCACUCCUUUAAUACCGGAGGAUUUAAAAGUAUAAUCAUACGCAAAAUCAUGAUGUGCCAGUGAACGAGAC